CUUAGGUUAAGUAAAUUCAACCCAAGAAAAAAAGAAAUGUAGGUAAAAAUUAGGAUUCUUGUGGGAAUGCUUCUCUUGUAUCAGAUGGUCAGAAACAUUGUCCUACUCGUGGAAAAAAAAAAAUUUGACCAUUCUUCCCUCUCCCCAGGGAGCGGGGAGGGGGAGCGCCCCUCUCCCUCUCCCGCUCCCCAGGGAAGAGGAGAGGGAGCGCCCGUUCUCCCUUUCCCCAGGGAAGAGGGACGGAAGAGUGGAUAUACACUGCUAUAUAUCUCCUGAUCGCCAUUUUCCUCAGGCGUACGCAAGCUUUGGAGAUGGCUCAAGUUCAACAAACUUCUUAGGCAGCAGGUUGGCAACGCACCAUUGAUAUUGGUGAGGGAGGUCGGCAUGGCCCAGAGGAAAGAAAAAUCCAAUCUUCGAGGAGAAUCUGCUAAAGAAACCCUUAGCAAGCGUGAAGCAAGCAGUCCUGGCAGCAGAAUUCUCAGAGAAUCUGCUAAAGAAACCCCUAGCAAGCGUGAAGCAAGCAGUGCUGGCGGCAAAAUUCUCAGAGAAUCUGCUAAAGAAACCCCUAGCAAGCGUGAAGCAAGCCAUUCGCAUGUUCCUGAAGUGGAACCUGUAGCACAUAAGGUGCCCAAAUUAGGUGCAGAAUCCAUUCACAAAGGUGGAAGCUCGACUGCGACAGGGGAACUUCAUGUUGUCGACGAGUCGGAUGGAACUCGAUGGACAAUUCAAGACGGGACAGUAAUCGAUCUGCUCAAAAGGUACAUGUCUUCCCCUGAUCAGAAGACGAAGGAUGAAAUAGUAGAACGUCUCGAGUCAUAUGUUGCUUCGCUGACUGAAAACAGUAGGACAUCCCAAGAAUCCAAAAAUAGUUCAAACAGGCGUUCAAGCCAUCAGCCUCUCAUGCCAAAGGCUGCGGAUUUGGCGAAGAUUGCUGAGAACCUCCAGAAGUUGAAACUCGACGAAAAUCCUCAGGUUUUAAUGUCAAGCACCAAGAUUCAGGCCAGCCAAUCGGAUAAGCAAUUCCAAGACCCAAAGAAAGGUGGCACAAAAGGUGAUUUAGAAGGGAAUCGCAUGGACGUGGACAAGAAGUCGAGCCAUCAGCCAUCCAUUCCAGGUUCUAGCCGUUUGCCACGAGACAAUAAAUGAUUGAAUGAAUAAAUCUUUUGAUAACCUUGAGACUUUACGGCCAGCUAAUGAUGGCAUGUUUCAUGGAACUGGUAGUGUUAGGUGUUCCUGGGGGAGCAGGAGAUAAUCCUCUGCUUCUUUGUUGGUGAUAGCCUCUGUUUGCCCUUCCAAAGAGGUUCUAUGUAGAUUAUUCUUUGUUUUUUCUAAUAAAUUCGGGUGGUUCUAUCGAUCUCUUGUAAUAAUCAACAAUAGUAUGUCUAACUUUAAACUAUAAGAUUUGGGUAGUU